CGAAUAGCCGCUACCAAUGCCGGCAGAUGAUGGGGCACUAAGCUGACGUUGCCUCGAUGUUAUUUCCAUUUUCAACUGAUCUUUAAUUUUUUGCAGAGAAGCACUUUCAGCUAGAGGUGCAUUUUCAUAAUCCACACAAAAGGCAUUAAUUUGCAAGCCAUAUAAAAAAGAAGCAAAAGAUUCAUUAAAAGAAUCUAAGUUUUGUUUAGUCACUGAAAGUUGAUUCAUACGUUUACGAAAUUCAUUAACACCAUCAUCUAAAGCAGCUAAGGAAUUUGCAAACGUCUGUAGAUUCGGUGGAAUAGCAUUUGGAUUUUUGUUUUCCGCGGAAUUAUUAUCAUCCGUUAACUUUAGAGUCUCUCUUUCGUAGUUUUCCAUGUUUUCUUCUCGUUUGUGGUCGAAAGGAAGUUGCUCGACGGUCGUUUCUGCCCUUGCUGCUGGUACGUUCUUUUUUCGUCGCUCACAGCCUUCUACUGAACAGGAAGAUAUACUUGGCUCGUUUCAGUAUGCUACAUGCUCUCCAUUAAAAUCUAUGAUCCAAAAGACAUGGCCUUCUAUUCAGGAAAACAAAACCUACCGAAAUUCCUUCAUCCAUCUCGCCAAAUGUGAUUCUCCAGAUGCUAUUCUUAUACGAUUUCUUAAAUCUUGUCGAAUGGAUCCAGAUCAGGCUAGUGUGAAGCUACUGAACACCCUGAGAUGGCGCAUCGAAUCCAAUGUCGACCAAAUAGUAGAGCGUGGAGAACUCUUUGCUAAAGAACAUCAUGAUGAUCAGUUCUUAGAACAGCUUCGUACUGGAAAAGUCAUCAUGCUUGGUAGAGACCUUAAGGACCGGCCGAUUUGUUACAUUCGUGCCCACUUGCAUCAGCCUUCGAAGUUGACACAGAAGUCUUUGUGUGAAAUGACGAUUUGGGCUAUGGAAACUAUGCGUCUCUUUCUGCAUUCCCAACCUACCUUACCAGCUUCGUUAGAAGAUCCUCAGAAUGUCAAUGUUUUAUUCGACAUGAGUAAAUUUUCCCUUAGCAACAUGGACUACUCAUUUGUUAAAUACUUAUCUUCUUGCCUCGAAUGCUACUAUCCCGAAUCCCUAGGGGUGUGUAUUUUGCAUAAAUCUCCUUGGAUUUUCCGAGGUAUAUGGAACAUCAUCAAAGGUUGGAUUAAACCAGAAAUUACAGAAAAAAUUAUUUUUACUCAAAAUUCCAAAGAUUUAGAGAAGUAUAUUGGUCGCCAUAUGAUUCCUGCUACUCUGGGAGGAGACAACCAAAACAGCUUUGAGUAUGUUGAACCAAAGGAAAAUGAGAAUCAGUCUGUUGUUCAGGGAAGUUUAGAAAAAGAGACUGCACUUGCUCAUUAUUACGCGUAUUAUAAUGAAUGGGAACAGCGUUCUCUACAGUGGGCCAAGACGCCAAAUGAAGAUCUACAAAAUGAAAAGUUGCGUUUAAGCUGCGAUAUUGCAGGCGCACAAUUCGCAAAAGAUUAUUGGAAUGUAGAUAAAUAUCUGCGUGCAAGGACUGUGUAUGAUCGAUUGGGAUGGCUUAAUUAAAAUUUGAGCUAACCAAGCCGCCAAAAUUACGCUUUCUUCAUAUUCAACGUCUCUAUCCUUUGUAUCUGAUUUUUGCUUUUAAGAUUAACAAAGCUAUGUCACGCCUUUUUUGUUAAAUAUCUUGCUACCGAACUAUUUAAAUCCCCCAUUUGAUCCUUGGCCUAUAUACGAUCGGUAUUAUGCGUUUAUUUAUUUUGCAAUGGUAUAGAUUAUCAUGCAAUCGCUUUUUCACAAAGAUAUAUUCUAUCAGGUGCUUCAUUUUUGUUCAUAAAAUAAAAUGGUAAAAAGUCUAACAUUGUAUUAACGCAUUCAUGCCACGUCGUACUUUUAAGCUACUUGAACAAUGUGACAAAAAUACGAUUUCCACAGCUAAAGCUAAUAAAGAAUACAACAGUGAU